CGAAAAAGCAUUUGAAAUUGCUUAUAAAUUAAGUGCUGUCUGGAUCGUGAUAUUCAGCUUUUUCCCCUUUAUUUUUUACCUCUAUUUUGUUAUAAAAUCCACUGGUAUUGGAGACAUUAAAUAAUUGAAAAGCAUUGCUUCGGAGAUGUGACAAGUUUUAGUCAUUUUUCUAAGAACAACAACAAUGACUUCAACAACGGAAAUCGUUUCGAAAAAACCGUUUUAUAUGAAAAUGGAUGGUCUUAUAUAUCCAGGUUUCUUUUCAUCAAAAUGUUUCCGUGAAGCUAUGGAUUACAAACCACAAGCAGAGGACGUUUUUAUUGUGACUUAUCCAAAAUGUGGGACAACAUGGAUGCAAAAUGUAGCUCUUCACAUUUUUCGUAAAGGAAAAGAGCUUGAAGAAACAUCUCAGUUUCUGAGGCAUUGCCCAUUUAUAGAUAUGUGUGGCAAGGAGAGCAUUGACAAGAUGCCAAGACCUGGUGCAUUUAAAACUCAUCUUUCGUAUACCCAUAUGCCAUAUUCCUCUAAAGCUAAAUACAUUUUUGUUGCCCGCAAUCCCAAAGAUUGCGCCGUGUCUCUUUUCCACCACACUAGAAAUCAACCUGGAUUUAUGUACUGGGAUGGCGAGUUUAAUGUUUUGUUCGAGCUUUUCAUGACUGGUCAAGCGGAGUAUAAUGACUACUUUGAUCAUUUAUUGUCUUGGUACCCUCAUCGAAAUGACCCCAAUCUUUAUUACACCACUUACGAAGAUAUGAAGAAAGACAUAAAGAAAGUAAUUGUCGAUUUGGCUAAAUUCCUUGGUGAUGAGUUCAUUGGGGCAAUCGAAAAAGACAAUUCAGUUUUGAAUAACAUCGUGAAUUUUAGCAGUUUUGAAUUCAUGAAAAAGAAAUUUGGUGAAGUUUAUGAUUUAAAACCAAAGGAAGGUGAGACACUUACGGAACCAAACACUUAUGAAGGUUUGCAGCAUAUCAGGAAUUUAAUUUCUGAAAUAGAUUUGCCAAACGUUUUACCUGAAUAUAAAUUUAUUCGGAAAGGAAUCGUUGGAGAUUGGAAAAAUGCUUUGACUGAAGAGCAAGCUGAAAGGCUGGAUCGGAAGUUUAAGGAGAAAACUGAAGGGACAGAUAUUCCGAAUUGGUUUUCCAUUUCAUAAAAAUAAUUACUACAUACGUAAAUACUGUUGCAUAUGUUAACAUUGUAAAAGUUAUUAGAACAUAAACUUCAUAAGAAAAAAAACUUUUGAUUUAGUUUAUGUUAAAAAUGAUUAAAGAUUAUUAUACAUUAGCUAUGACAUAUUUUCUUAGUUGUGGUCGAUCAAUUUUUUCUAAGUACACUAAGAAAAAAAGUACACUUUCCUAAGUACACUAACAAAAUUAUAGUUUAAUUAAAUCAUAUAAAGUAAACUACGUUUCACUAACUCAUACAAGGUUUCUUCAUGUCUUACAUUUUAUAAUAGUGAUAGUAAAAUUACGUUAAUGGUAUUUAACAAUUUUUUUUUUAAAGGUACCACUCUAACGUUUAGAUAUCUGACACGUAAAUAAGCCAGGAGACUCAAAACUAAAAUGUGGAAAAUAUAAAAAUAAAAAAUACCUAUAUUUGAACUUUAUAAUUGAACUUCAUAAUUAAUAUAAAUUUCGUUUUAAAUUUCUUAAAUUCUUCUUAAAUUUCUUUUUAACAACGGUUAAAAUGCCGUAAAGUUUCGCAUUCAGUGUUUUUCAACCAUAAUAGUUGUAAACGGUUUCAAAACCUUAUUGGCAAAAAAUGUUCUUUACUGUAAACAUAACGGUUAAUUGGAUGGAUAAACUACUGCCGGUUAUUUUACCAUUACUUUAGUGUAAUUCCAACCGUGUGCAUGAAGCCCUCAUUACCUCUUAACUAUUAGUUCUAUCAAAACAAUAAUAAUUCUAUUAUCUU